CGCGGCCAUGUUGAAAUUACACUGACAGUUACUCCUUAGGAAAAUCUCUGAACUCACAAAACAUUGCGAAAAAUUCGUUUAAGGAGUUUUACAGAAACACAGUUUCAGACUGGCGUCCCCUUGAGUGUUUCCUUCAUUCCCAUGAAAUUCCUUGAUCCAGGAAAUGGAUCAGGAUGAAAGGCAGAGAAAAUUAGAGGCCGGACGAGCAAAGCUUGCUCACUUUAGACGGUGCCGGGCAAAAAGCGAAAGUUCGAGCACGCAGAAAAAGACGCCGAAGAGGAAGGGCCAGACUGUCCAACUGGAUGAAUGGUCAGCGCAAGAGCGCCACCUAGAGGAGCCGCAGACAGACGAUUGUCAUGGAGAGAUCAACAAGGAACCCUCAGAGGCAUCACUCAGACCUGAUGGCACAGACAGCAGUGUUCCAGAGGUCCAUCAGUGCAGCAGAGAGGAUGAUGAAACUGAUUCCCAGGAACAGAGGUCCUCUUCUGGGUCUCUGGCAGAGUCAGAACUGACUGAUCAGGCAGAGGACGAACUUGCAGAAAUUAAUGUAGUUGCACAUACUGGCAAAGAACAACUGAAGCAAUUACAGGCUGCAGUAGAGAAACGGAAUGAGAUCAUAUCACAGCUUAGUAAGAACCUGCAGGUGGCGCUGCAGAGCAGAGAACAGGUGCAGCUGGAGGCACAGCAGCUCACUGGUCAGAUUCAAGCACUACAACAGCAACUACAGCAGGCUAAAGAAUAUCUACGUAGCAAAAGUCAAGGGUGUGUGGAUCUGACCCAGGCUGUUCAGGAUCAGCUGCAUGUACAAUUGGAGGAGUCGCAACAGAUGACCAAGGAACAACAGUGCCUCUUGGCCCAAAAAGAAACCGAGAUCACAGACCUACAACAGAAAUUGUGUGUCAUGGAAAAAUCCCUCUCUAAUCUUCAACAUUCCUUUACCCAGAGAAGUGCUGAUCAAAAAGAUCUAAGACUUGACGAACAUGGUGAUUUAGAUUUAUCCAUUAUGAGCCCCCUGGAUAAUGGUCCUGACUCAAACUCUGAAGCUUUAAUGCAAAGCCUUAGAGCUGAGCUAGAGGAAGAACGUAAGAACAGCCAGCGAGCUCAAGUACAAGUAGAAGCAUUUCAGAAGAGGGUACAGAGUCUGGAGAAUGAGAAGACCCUGAUGGAAGCUCAUCUGGCUGCUGUUAAUGAAACACAAGCCCAGAAAUAUAAAGCAGAGAAAGAUGAAUUGAACCAAGAAAUGGCUAGACUAGAUAACCUUGUGAAGGAGCUUCAAAAUCAUCUACACGAAGAGGAGGAGACAGGACAACAUAUGCGUUCCAAAUAUGAAGCCGAUAUUUCCAAUUAUGAUCUCAGGCUUCAGACUCUGGAGGAGGAAAGGGAAUUGAAUGUAGCCCAGCUAACGGAAGCUCAUGAGGCUGCCUUUAGUCGCCUGCAGAAGGAGCACUCUGAUGAGAUCCAUCGCAUCCAGGAGCUGCUAAACCAGGCCCAAAGUCAACAUACUAAUUCUCAUCAUAAUUUUUCCAAAGACUUUGGUGCAGAUGUACCCUGGAACAAAGUCUCCAAAGAGCACUACACUGAAGAGACGGCCACUGAAAAUGCUGUCAGAAACAACUAUAGUUUUGACAUCUCUGCAGGGGGUUUCCAGGAUGAUCUUAUGGAGCGUUACUUGGCCUCCGAAGGGCCUCAAGAAAGCUCAUUAAUUGAAGGGAGUGUGGAGGAACGUAGCCUGAUGGAAACCUCUGAGACAUCCAGGUUUGAGCUAGACACUGAGGUAAUAUUUCAUGCUUCAAAUGUCCCUAACAAUGUCACAUCUGAUGGUGAUAAGUCUGAGCCAGAGCUGUCUGUUGUUCAUGGCAUUGAAGUGCCCCAACCUGAUGAAAUGUCCUUCACUGAUGCCCAGUGGGAAAACUCAACCUCGGUUGUUGAAGAGCUGAAUGAGAGCUCGGACACUAUGGACUUGGCUAAAGAGCUUCUGAUCCAGCAGUGCCGAGACCUGUCAGAGCAGUUAGAAGAGCGGGAACGACAGCUUGAGGUUCUUCAAGAGGAGGUUCGGCACUCUGCUGAAGAGGUUGAGGAGGCACGGGAGCGUUGGAGCAAAGCUUCGGAGGAGCUGGAGGAAGCUAAGUGGGAGUUGGAGAUUGAACGUGAGAAAAGAAUUCAGUAUGAGGAAGUUAUAAGCCAAAAGAUGCAUGAAGAAGACAGCCUCAAGAACAUACUGAGUCACCUGCAGAUCCAGAAACAGAUGCAGCUUCAGGACAAUGAAAGAUUAAUGCCUGACAACACUGAUUCCAAUAAAACGUCAGUCUUUUUGUCUGUAGAGGAGAUGUUAAAGGAACUAAGGGAGGAAAAUGCCCAAUUGGUGCUAAAGCUCAAAUGUCAGGAGCAGCUAGUGAAGGAUGUCCAUGAACAGAAAGCAACUCAUGACUCUAUUACUUGUGAGCUUUCCUCUUUGCAAGCUAAGAGAGAUGAAUUUUUACUUCAACUGGAGCAACAAAAGGAAAAACACCAAGCUACUUCAGUGCUGCUUGGUCAAAGGACCUUGCAGGUGGACCGAGCCAAUAGUGAGCUUCAGCAGCUCAAAGCUGAAGUAGAGGUGAAGGUUAGACGGUUGCAGAACUUGGAGAAAGAGAAGACAGACCUUGAGUCUAAACUAAUGUGCCUUAAAGAGAACCUCACCAACAUGGAAGAGGAGAAAGCUACCCUUGAAAGAUGUCUCCAAGCUUUGGAGGACCAAGCAAAGAGCAUGGAGAAGGUUCUUGAAUCAGAACUGAAGAACUUUGAGCACCAAAUUGAAUCAAAGGAUGCAGAGCUCAAGGAAUUCAAGGAAGCACAAGAGAAGGCAGAAGAGGAAUACAUGGAGAAGGAGAGUGCUUUGAUGAAAGAACUCAUCAUAGUCCAACAGGAUCUGGAAGAAAGACAGAAGCAACAUGAGGAGGAGAAGAAAAUUCUGGAAGAGAAACACCAGAAAGAGGUUAAUUACUUGAAUGUACGUUUUGAGCGUGAACUUUCCGAGCAGUCUGCUCGUCUGGAAGAUGAGCAAAAGAGACCGAUCAGCAUGAUUAAACAGGUCUAUGAACGAGAACAUGAGAGGGAGCUGACACAGCUGGCUGCCCAACAUAGUGAGGAAAUUGGCAGACUUAAAGAUGAGCUCUCCAGGGAGCUGCAAGACGGCCUGGAGGCUGCACACCAGGCUGAGCUACUCCAAACACAAAGCCAGCACAACUUGGAGCUUGAAGCCUUGCGUCUGAGUUUGACAAACUUCCACACUGCUCAGCUGGAACUUUCUCAAACCAACAUGCAGAAAGAUAAGGAAGUGGCCCACAGCGAGCUGCAGACCAUGUUACGAGAGAAAUGGGCACAGGAAAGCGCCAUGCUGCAGACACGCCAACAGUUUGAGCUGGAGCGAAUCCGUGAGCAGAGCCGAGAGCAGGAGCAACGAAACCAACGAGUGCACCAGCAAGAGAUUGAUAAUCUGAAUCAGGAAUGGGAGAGGAGAGCUUUGGAACAAAAGAGCUCAGUGGAGCAGUUGCAGGCCUGUAAACUGGAGGAUCUAAAGGCAGAGUGGCUCUUGGAGGCUAAGAAGGUCAAGACAGAACUCCAGAGUCAAUUAAAUGAUGUCCAUCAUAAACUUAGUGAGACCCAGGCGGCCCUUACUGAGGCUGAAGUAGCUCUCUCAGAGACGCAGGGUAGGCUAGAAGACCUGCAGCAUUCCAGAGAUCAAGACAUUAAGAAUCUGGAAAAAGAGCUCAACCAGGCCUUGACUGACAGAGAUGCUACUGCACGUGCACUUGAGGAGUUGGUUGCAUGUCACAAGGCGGCUCUUCAGGAGCAACUGGAACGUUCUCGAGCCCUGGAGCAGAGAGAAAAAGAGUUGAAGCAAGAGGUUGAGCGUCUGCAGUCAGAAAAGGUGGAACUGAAGACCAGUUCAGAACAGGAGAUCUCAAACCUCUGGUCCCAGCUGGAGCGCGUGAGAACCAACAGACAGGAGCUCGGAGAGCUGAAAGAACAGUUGCUUGCACGCUCGUCGCGGGUUGAUGACAUUGAGCUACUAAAACAAGAAUUCACUCAGCAGCGGCAGGAAAUCAAAGAGCAGAAUGAGAUCGAGCUGGAAAACCUCCGCACCUAUUUCGAGCAGAGACUCCGGGUCACAGAAGAGAGUCAUCGGGAAGAAAUCGCACUCCUGCAGCUGCGCCUUGUAGAGGGAGCCCUGGAGGACUCGUUGCUCAAGACUGGAGAUGCGAGCUUUCUUUCAGAAGGGAAGAGCGAUGAUGACAGGAAUGAUGCCAUGGAAGAGAUCACAAGACAACUAGAGAAACACAAGGAGGAGCUGGAUUCUCUGCGGCUGCAGUUAGAGGAGAGACACCAGCAGGAACUUGAGCAGCUGCGGUCCAGCAUGGCUCUGACGUAUAAAGAAGAACUACUCCAGGCUCGCACUGAGCUCACUGACCGAUACUACAAAGACAUUGACCAGCUCAACACCAAACAUGCCCAUGAACUAGAACAGCUCCGUGCCAAACUCUCAGACAACCAUAUCAAAGAAAUAAACAAGAUACGCCUACAGUCUGCACAGGAUGUAGCGAGGCAGGUGGAGGCUGAGGUGAAGGAGAGGACUCAUGAGCACCAGACCAAGGUGACCCAGUUGGAAACCCAGCUAUCUCAGCUCUCCUUAAUGCACUCAGAGGAACUGGAGAAAGUGGUAGCGCAACACCGAGAUCAGCUCAGACAGAUGGAGGAGACACAUCAGAAAGAUGCUGCUGAAGAGUUAAGGGUGCGCCUUGAGGAGGCGCAGAAGGCAGAGAGGAAUCGUGUGAGUGAGGAGUUCACUAAAGAGCAGGCCCAGCUGAGGGAGCAACUCCAAAUUCAGGCUGGGCAGUGCUUGGCAUUGCAGAGAGAAGAGCUUCAGAGAUCAGAGCUUCAGAGAUCUGCCCUGAAAGAGGAGUUGGAGCAGAGGCUUCUGGAGGUCCAAAAACUCCUUGAUGUGGAAAGGGAGAAGCUUCAAGCACUGCAGAAGAGUCUAGAGUGUGAAGAGAGCCCUCAGGUGGUAGUGUUGAAGCAGAAACUCCAGGCUCAAUAUGACAGAGAGUUGUCCACUGCAAAGAGUGCCAUGGCAGCAGAGGUGAAAGAGCUGAAUGCUCUACUCCAGGAUCAGAAGGAGAGCAAGCUACAAGAGGCCCUCUGCAGGCACCAAGAAGAGCAGAAACAACUGGAAGAUAAGUUGACCCUUCAAAGAGAUUCUGCCCUGGGUCAACAGAAAGAACAGCAUGCUGUGGAGCUGCAGGCCCAGAAAACACUCCUGGGCCAGCGAGUUGCACAAUUAGAGCGUCUUGAAAAGGAGUGUCAGGAACUUAAAAUACUCCACCGGGAGGAACUGGAAUCCCUGAGGACCAAUCACAAAACAGCCUUGGAGACCUUGGAGAAGGAGCUUACAAAUAAACACAAGGUAGAGCUCGACAGAUUGGAGGUGGUCCUUCAGGAGACUGACUUGGCACAGCUUGAAGCUCAAGAGGCGGAGCUUCAGGCACGACACAAGCAGGAGAGGGAGGAGCUUGAGGAGAGGCUGUUGGCAAAUAUGGAUACACUGGAGAGCACGUACUUGACAGAAAUCCAGGCAGUACAGGACGAGAAGGAAAGAGAACUGCGUGACCUUGUAGAACACUAUACUGAAGAGAUUGAGAGGGUGAGAAAGGAGGAGCAAACCAUCAGAGAGGACCUCAGAAGUGAGCUUGCUAAGGUCCAUAUGGAUAAAUUCAGCACCAUGGCAGUAGAAUUGAAUCAAGCCCAUCAGGUGGAGAUCUCUGAAGCUGUGUCCUCUCAGAGGGCUGCUUUGGAGGAUGAGCAUCGAUCUGCUUUGGAAGCUCUUCGGCAGCAAGUAGUUGCUUUAGAGAAGCAGCAUGGCGCUGCCCUUGUAGAGAUCACUGAUCUUGCUGCUGCAAAAGAAAAGCAACACGAGCAACAACUGGAUGUGCUGGCUACUCAACAUCAGCAACAGUUACAAGAGUUAAGAGGAGUGUCUGCCAGGGAGCUGGAGGCUCUGCGUAGGGAAUUAGAGGAAGAAGCGUCAAGGCAACGCCUCCACUUCCUGGAAGAGGCCGAGCUUCUCAAGUGCAAGUCUGAGGAGCUGCUGCAGCAGACAAUUGCACAAUUAAAGGAGGAGAGUGACCAGGAAAAAGCUGUUGGUCUUGAGGAGCUGAAAAAGACUUUAAGACAGCAACACGAGCAAACUGAACUCGCCUACAGUGACAAGAUGAGCCAACUCAAUGUCCAACUACAGCAGCUGGACACUGUAGUUUCACAGCUGCGAGCGGAGGUGAGCGGGCUGCAGGUGGAGCUAGAGGGCAAGCGGGCAGAGAUGGACACGCUGGAGACGCUCCUGCAACGCAGAGACCGGGAGAAUCAGGAGGGAGACAAUCUACUAGCCAUGCUCAGAGCAGACCUCAACACGGCCACACAGCAAAGACAAGACCUGCAAACAGCACGUGACAAACUACAGCGGAUGCUCAUAGAGAUGAUUCGAAUCACUAUGGCAAUGGAAGAGCACAUCAGCCACAAGUUAGGGGUUUGUGUGUCAGGUGGUCGGGCUGGAGACAAAACGCCCAGCUCUAGGACAGCCAGCAGUAGCCGUGAUUCACGUGAAUUAGGAGAGGUGAUUGGUGUAGAGGGAGAUGCUGAUUGUAGCAUGUGGUCUUCGGCUGUGGACGAGGGGUUGGAAUUGUCUCAGAGGCUGUGUGAGAGUGUGUUCUCUGGCCCGGAGGGAGAGAUGGAGGCCGAAGGCGAAGAGCUCAUGCUGGGUGCCUGUACACGUCUGCGCACUGCUGUGGAUAAACUACUGGAGCUGCUCUCCGAGUCCUCACAGCAGUUGGAGCAGAUGUGUGGUCUGCAGGCCGUGCUAAAUGAGCGGUUCAGAGAUGGAGGUGAGGCUGGAGCGUCUCUGCUGUUUCAGAACUCGCAGCUCCUGGAGCAGCUGGAUCAUGAGGCUAAUCUGAAAAGCCAGCUACAAUUGGAGCUGCACAAGUCCGAAGGUCGGAUGGAAGGCUAUGUAGCUGAGAAAGCAGCUUUGGAGGAGGCACUUCAGCAGAAGGAAACGCAGCAGCAGCGUCUGGCAGAGGAGCUGGAGAGCACUCGCAUUCAACUGCAGCAGCUCAGUGAAAAUCAUGCCCUCCUCCUGCGUCAGAGAGAAGCCCUCACGGCCGGCCUCAGAGACACUGAGAAGGCUCUGCUAGCGGAGACUGAGCGUCUGGGGCAGGAGUGUGUGGAGGUGCAGCGGCAGGCGGAGAAGGACUGCGGUGGUUUGGCGUCUCGUCUGCAGAUGCUGGAGCAGGCCUUGGAGGAGCAGGAGAGUCGUGCGCAUCAGCUGGAGGAACAGCACCGCCUGCAGACUGAGGACCUGCAACAACACAUUGAUGCUCUGGAGAAACAGCUCAAACAUAACCGCCAGUUCAUAGAUGAACAAGCAGUGGAGCGGGAGCAUGAGAGAGAUGAAUUCCAGCAGGAAAUAAAAAAUCUGGAAGAUCAACUGAGACAACCAUCUAAAGUACACACUGGAGGGGACAGCAAGGGUCAGAGGAUUGAGGACUUGGUUCUUCAGGUGGAAAGUCUUCAGGCUCUGAUCAAAGAUAAGAUUGAAGACUAUAGUGUACUGUUGUCAGCAAAAGAGCAGUGUCAGCGUGAUGUGGAAGAGCGUAAUGAAGAGAUUGAAAAAUUGACCGCUCGUAUCCGUGAGUUGGAGCAGGCAUUGCUGAGCUGUGCAGAGGCCAGCCGAUCUGGAACACAGCUGGAGCAAGAACUUCAGAAAGCACGCAAGAACCUUCAGGAGCUCACACAGGAUAAAGAAGCUUUGCAGCAGCAGCAGUAUGCCAAUAAGCUUCAGAUCUCUGCCCUACAGUCCAAACUUGAUGAGACCAGACACCGUUUCCCUGAUAUGACCCCUGACCCCAACCUCCGGGAGCAGCUUGAAGCCUCACAGCAGGAUCUGCAGACCAAAGAACAACAGGUGGAGUUGCUGUCAGAACAUAUAAGUGAGCUCGAGAAGGAUUUGGUAGUGAGGGAGGAAGAGGUAGGACAACUAACACUACAGCUGGAGCUCAAAAACACAGAGAGCAGAGCUACAGAAGAGCAGCUCCACACGCACAUCACUCACCUGCAGGAGACUGUGGACACUUUAACAAGGCGACUAGAAGAGGGCAGUGACGAAUCCAUCCUUCAGCUGCCUUCUGCCCUUCUGGAGGAGAAGAAUCUGGAGAUCGACCACUUAAACCAGCAGAUCCUCCAGCUGCAGCAAGAGCUUGACACGACCAGUGAUAAUAAGACUCUAGAGGAAAAGCAAGCUGAGAUUGAAGACCUGCGCUCUCUGGUUGAACGUCUUCGUUGUGACCUGCAACGUUUACGGCAGGCAAAGGAAGAAGAGACUGAGCAACUCCACGAGGUUAUUAACAAGCUUCAAGAGGAGUUAAGCCAGCUUGACCCCAACUAUCAUGAGGUCAGUGACCCCAACACUGACAGCCAAGAGUCAUCUGACUUCCCCUGGUCCCCUCAUCCUCGCCAACAGAGGGCGCCUGAGGAAAGCCUGUGCCAGGAGCUCAGUAGCCACACGCUGCAGUCGUCUCGCGCUCGCUUGCAGGAGUUACAGAUUAAACUGGAGCGAGCAGCUGAAGAGAAGGACUCUCUACAGAGACUGUUGCUCUCCCAAGAAGAACAGUAUGGAAGCCAGGUGGAGGCACUCGGCCGGAGUCUUGGAGAGGAAAGGGGGAAGGUGGCUGCGUUGGAACAGGAAGCAAAUGAGCUGAAACUCCAGCUAGAGGAGAAGCGGACAGAAGCGGAGAGAUUGGCGGAUCGUGUGGAAGUGUUGGAAGAUACAGAGCAAGCUCAUCAGUCCAGGCUUAGAGAGUCUGAGCUCCAGCUGAGAAGAGUGGAAGUGAGAAGAGACGAGGUCCAGCAGGAGCUUGGCAGGCUGCAGGAGGAGGUGAAGAACCAGUGUGUUGAGAAGGAGCUUCUGGAGAACCAAAUCUCGAAACUGCAAAACAAAGAAGAGAAAUAUCAGAAUGAACUUGUCGCUUUACAGUUCAAACUCGACGGGCUUGAGGAAAACGUCCAAGUAGGCAAAGCCACCAUCAUUGCCUUGGAGACAAGCAAAAGUGAACUGUCCAUUGAGAGAGAGGCUCUGAGAAAACGGGAGGGAUGCCUCCAGGAAGAAAUAGAGCGUUUGAAACAGGAAGUGACAUCAAAGACUAACUACAUUAAAGAACUACUUGACCAACAUAAGGAGACGGUGGCUAAACAAGGGGAAGCUCAAAAAGAAGUACUGACGUGUGCUGAAGAGACCUUGGCUAAAGCUGAGACUGCUUUACGUGAGAGAGAACAGCAGCUGAUCCACCUGAGGGCGGAGCAUGGUGCUCUAAGGGCGGAGCUAGCAGCUGUGAAGGAGGGGCUUAGUACCAGCACAGAGAGAGCUGAAAAGCUACUGGAAGAGGGACAGACGAAAGAUCGUGCGUUGGCUGAUCUCGAGGUCCAUAACCAGCACCUGAAAGCAGAGCUGCGGAGUCUGCAGGAUGACCUGGCUGUGCAGGAAGAAGAGCUGGCCUAUCAGCAGCAGGAGCUAGAGCAGCUCCAACAGCGCUGCAACCUGCGGGACCAUCAUCCCAAACACGGCCACCGCUUUCUUGAAGGCCUUUCCCGUGACCCAUCCCUCUCUGCUUCCUUAUCUUCACCAGAAGUCCUGCGUAGGUUGGAGUACAGUGAAGAGCACCCCUCUCAUCUGCAUGUGUCUCACCUCUCAGACCUCAGUGCGCUACACAAUGCCAGCCUAGAGCUCCACAGCAAGCCUUCGCCUAUGGAGCGGGACAAAGAGAGACCACACGCCAGACAAACUUUUAUCCCACCUUCAGAGGAAGUCCCACCCAGCACACACAGUGCAUCCCCUUGCUCACUUACUGUGUCCGAACACCUUUCUGUGCUUGACUCCCUGGAUGCAGAUAAGGUUCAUGAAUUGGACAAUUCAGAUGUGACGCCAUCUCUGUCUCCACUUGGUUCCAACUCUCCUGGGUCUGUGCCGGAGUGGGUCAGCGAUGGAUAUGGCAGCAAUGUGAGCUCAGAGUUGGAGGCCAUGCUGAGACUUGAGUUGGAGAAUACAGAGCAUUUAGAUGCUCAUUUUGUGGAGUAUCUGCGCUGCAGAGGAAUGUCACCUGCUGAAAACACAGAUAGUGCUGCAGGCAGUAUGCACGAGAGCCAUGAGGCCCUCACACCUGAGUUACAAGCUAUGUUGAAGCGCGUCUACCAGGAAAGCUGUAGAAUCCUGUCUUUGUCCCAUCGCCCUGCCCCAUCUGGACAGUCCCGCCAAGAUUCUGAGCCUGCCCCGCCCCCCUCCUGGCAGAGGGAAAGACAGGCCUUACAUGAGACCAUCUUAUCACUCAGAGAGCUGCUCUGCAGGAUGGCUGACAGGAAACCCAGGACUGACAGUGGGGACGUGGACUGGAGGCGUGAGCUAUUGCAGGCUGUCCACAGUUUGUUUGACAGUGAAAGGGAAUGGCUUCACUCUCAGCUUCAAGUUUUCAUGGCAACUNCUACUCAGAUGGACCUCACCCCUUUGCUGGAUCAGUUAAAGAAACUGUUUCAGAAGCAGGAGGAGCAGCAGUGGAGAUCUCUAGAGCAGCUGUUCAACGCAGACCGUCACAGUCUAUUGGCUGAGGUGCGCAGCCUGCAUGCGCAGCUGCAUGCAAGCACCCAGCAGAGCCAGGAACAGCUGCGGCAGCUGCAGGAUUCCCUACACACCGCAAAAGAACAGGGCAUGGAAAUGCAACAUCAGCUGCAUAAAGAUGUUGAAGAGCUGGUGUUGCGGCUGCAACAGGAACAGACCGUGUCAUAUGAUCUGCACUCCUCUCUGGAAGCUGAGAAAAGUAGGGGAUUGGAGGGGCAGAGGCAGUUGGAGGCGGAGCUAAAGGCUGUGUCAGUGCUGAAGGCGGAGCUAGAAGAGACCAGGCUAGAGCUUCAGACUACAUACAAAAAUCAAGAUGAAUUAAAGAGCCAAAUUCACAAGCUCAGGCUUAAGCUGGAAAAUGUUGAGGCUGAACAUCGAGCCUGUCUACAGGCAUUGGAGAAAGAGCAGGCUAGAGUACAGGAACUCCAGGAGGACCUUCAGCAGCAGCGACUCAUCAACCAACAGACAGUUGAGCAAAACCACCAAAUACAGGAGUCUUUGCACCAGGCUUUAAAUGAGCAAGCAUCACAUGUCAGUCAGCUUACCUCCACACUGGACCAGGAGUGUAUCACAUCCAGUAACCUGCGCUCUGAGCUCCAGAUCGAGCAGUCUCGUUGUGAGGCCCUGUUGGCCCAGGAACGUGAACGCACUGAACAUGCGCUUUCCCGCCUUGAGGUGGAACGCUCUCGAUCAGCAGAGCUCUCAGAUUCUCUCUCUCGCCAAGCCCAGGAGCAUGUGCGCCGUUUAGAGGAGGAAGCUCGGAGACAGGAAGCAGCCAGUGCCCACGACAGAAAGUUUAUACAGGACCUACGGGCGCAACUGGAACAGGAGAGGCGUCAGGGAGAGGACCUGGCAGCCAUGUUGGAACGUCUGCAAGGGCAGGUGCUGGAAGGGAAGCGCAGGCAAGCGGAGCAGGCAGAGCAGGAGGCACACAAGGAGCAGGAGGAAGUGAGGAGGCUCCAUGCUGCUCUGGAAGGCCUGCAGACUCAGAAAACAGAGGUCGGACACACUUUAGAGGCGGAGCGAGAAAGAGCUGCUCAGUUACAAACAGAGUUGGAUGUGAUGAAAGAAAAAAUUAGAGUGGUGAAAGAGAGGGAGAGAGUGAGGGAGGAGCAGAUGGAGAGGCAGAGGAGACAGGAGAAACAGGAGCAGGUGGAAAAGGAGCGACGACAGGAACGCACCAAUGAGAAACUGUUGGAGUUGGAAGUGUUGCGUGAGAAGGAUCAGCAGCGGUUGAGGCAGCUGCAGCAGACGUUGGCUGACCUGGAGCACAAAGAGAAAAGGCUCACAUCAGAACGCCUGCAGAGAGAGAGACAGUCCAAUGGCCUGACCUUAGGCCAGAAUGCACUCACAAACAUCUCUCAGGAUUCUACCUCAUCCACUAACUCUCUAAUGGAACGUUUGCUGAAGGAGAAUGCAGAUUUCUCUCAGUGUCUCGCUGCUCUGAGUGAGGAGAAGAUCUCCCUCAAACACACUAUAUCCUGUUUGGAGAGAGACCUGCAAAGCCUGAAACACCAGGAGCAGGUGAAAUCUCCUGCUGUUACGGAGCAGUGUAUGUUAUCGGAGAAGCUGGCCUGGCAGAAGGAAAAAGCAGCUCUUCAGGCUGCGCUGCGUAAAGCAGAGGCUGAACUCUCAAAAGUCACAGCUAGCAAUGAAAACAGACCCACCUAUGACCUCUCUAAUAACAGGGUGCAGCGGCUCUAUGAGAGAUACCUGCGAGCAGAGAGUUACAGGAAGUCGCUGGUGUAUCAGAAGCGUUAUCUGCUGUUGCUGCUGGGAGGGUUUCAAGAGUGCGAACAGGCUACUCUUGUGCUAAUCGCUCGUAUGGGUGCGCAGCCGACGUUGAGCCAAUCACAGGCCUCUAGACCUCUAAACCGCUUCAGAACAUCUGUCAGAGUAGUCAUCGCUAUCUCAAGACUGAAGUUCCUCACUAGGAAAUGGCAAAGAGCUACAAGGAAAAUCUCAGUAGGCAGUGCUACAGUUAACGGGCAUGGAACAGGACCAAGCACAGUUCCUGCCUUGAGGACUGAAGUGCUGAGGCCACAGCAGACUGGAGUUGCAUUCAACUCUCCACCCACACAUGAUCAAGCCUUUGCGCAAAGGGGUGUGGUCUCGUCUCUGGUGUCGCCAAUCAAAUCACCCUUUAGACUGAAUCAUAGAACGUACACAACUCCGGUGCUGGGACCUGCUGAACGCUCCUUCAGCUCUUCCCAAGAUCAAGAACGUUCCCUUACGGAGUAUAUCCAACAUUUGGAGACUGUCCAGCAGCGACUUGGAGCCGGUCGUCCAGCAGUUAUGGGUUUGAGGAUGAAAGGUGCAGAAGGCUGCAAUCACCCAAGUGUCAUGCACUUUCUGUGA